AAUCCAAAACCCUCACUCUUUCUCAAACGCUCUCUCUGCAAAAGAGAGAGACCCCCCCGAUGGCCUUUACAUCCCCAAAUCCCCAUUUUACCCCUACCCACUUCCUCUAUUUCCUCCUCCUCCUCACUUCCUCUCUCCCCUUUACUCUUUCCAUCAACAUCACCGCUCUCCUCUCCCCCUUCCCCGACCUCUCCGACUUCACCUCCCUCCUCUCCGCCGCCAUCUUCUCAGAUCUCUCCCUCCGCUCCUCCCUCACCCUCCUCGCCGUCCCUAACCCUUUCCUCUCCUCCACCUCCGACCUCACGCGCCACCUCUCCCCCUCCUCACGCGCCGACGUCCUCCGCUACCACGUCCUCCUCGAGUACCUCUCCCUCUCCGACCUCGCCCGCAUCCCCCCUUCGGGAAAACUCGUCACCACUCUCUACCAGACCACCGGACGCGCCACCAGCGACUUCGGCUCCGUCAAUCUCACGCGCGACCCGACCACCGGGAUCGUCUCCGUCCGCUCCCCCGCCACCUUCUCCCCCUCAAACGCCACCGUUUUGGGGCUCGUCAAGACUCUUCCCUACAAUGUCAGCAUCUUUUCCGUUAAUUCCCUCCUUGUCCCUUACGGCUUCGACCUCAUGGCCUCCGAGACCCGGCCCCCGCUGGGCCUCAACAUCACCAAGGCCCUGAUCGACGGCCACAACUUCAACGUCGCCGCCUCCAUGCUCGCCGCAUCCGGCGUCGUCGAGGAAUUCGAGGCCGACGAGGGCGGCGCCGGAAUCACUCUCUUCGUCCCUACUGACACUGCCUUCUCCGACCUCCCCGCAAACGUGAGGCUCCAAUCUCUCCCGGCGGAUAAGAAAUCGGUGGUGUUGAAGUUCCAUGUGCUCCACUCCUACUACCCAUUGGGCUCGCUCGAGUCGAUUGUGAACCCGGUCCAGCCCACAUUGGCUACAGAGCUAGUGGGAGCCGGUAGCUACACUCUCAACAUCAGCAGAAACAACGGCUCCGUUUCAAUCAACACCGGAAUCAUCCAGGCCUCGGUGACCCAGACAGUGUUCGAUCAAAAACCGGUGGCCAUUUUCGGAGUUUCCAGGGUUUUGUUGCCGAAAGAGAUUUUUGGGAGCACCCCGGCAGUAACAUCCAGGCCCGGGACGCCAGUUUCCGGCGGGGCUGAGACGCCGGACAGUGCUCCGUCACCGGACAAUUCGAUGAGUGGGCAGGAACUCUCUUCGCCGCCCGGUUUUAAGGAGAUAAAAUCCGAGGGUGCUGCCAUUACUGGGCUGUGGAGGUUGGGGGUUGCUUCAUGUUGUAUAGCAUUGUAUGUAAUGGUAUGAGAUUUGUUUUGCUUCAUAAUUAUUAGAUUUUUUUUUUUCUUCUUCUUUCACACAUUGAAUUGAAUUGGGCUGCAAAAAGCAGCAGUUUUUGUUUUUGUUAAAAUUUUACAAUGUUGAUUGUGUGAAUCUCUGAAUAAUUUUAUGUACAUCAGAAAGAACCAUUUUUUGUU